AUGCUAAGGUGUUAUCGCUCUGAUCCCACUCACAUAGCACCAGUUGAAGAAAUUAAGGUUAGGCAAGAUCUGACCUUCGAGGAGACGCCAAUGAAGAUAUUGGACCGUGAGUUUGAGGUAUUGAGGAAGGAAUCUGUUCCAUUACUCAAAGUGCUUUGGCGUAAUCACAGUACAAAAGAAGCCACGCGGGAAACCGAAGAGCCGAUGCGACAGCAAUACCCUCAUCUUUUUUGGCCAGUACCAGUUGAGGAGAUUGAGGUUCGGCCAGAUCUGACCUUCGAGGAGAAGUCAGUGAUGAUUUUGUACUGUGCGGUGAAGUUAUUGAGAAAGAAAUCUAUUCCAGUAGUCAAAUUGCUUUGGCGUAAUCACAGUUCAGAAGAAGCCACGUGGGAACCCAAAGAGGCGAUGCGACAGCAAUACCCUCAUCUUUUCUGA